AUGGCUUCUGCCGGACGCACCUUUUCGGCCCGACGCCUUAUCAGGCCCCUCCUCUACUCCAGUGCCGCCGUCGCUGGGGUCGGCGGCACCAUCUUCUAUCUCUCCUACCGUCCCAUAAACGUACCGGGCUCACAGGGAGCCAUUGUUCCUGUUCCCCGCACGGAAGAUGGCACCAUCAUUCCGCCGACGUUUCCUCCUAUCAAGUCUCGCGCUGAGCAAAUCUCUGACCUGAGGAAAAGUGGUGGACUCGUGGCAGGAGCUUCGCAAAUACCAAUCACCCAGCAAUUGAAGAAUAGCUUUGACCGGUUGAGAGGCGCAACAAGCGCUGAAAGAGACAGGACCUUGCCUGCGGAACAGGCAGCAGGCGAGCCAUACGAUCUCCUGGUCAUUGGAGGAGGCGCCACAGGCUCGGGCAUUGCCCUUGACGCUGCCACACGUGGGCUGAAAGUUGCCCUUGUGGAGCGCGAUGACUUUGCCGCGGGAACGAGCAGCAAGAGCACAAAACUUGUUCAUGGCGGUGUCCGGUAUCUUGAAAAGGCUGUUUGGGAGCUUGAUUACAACCAGUAUGCCUUAGUCAAAGAGGCCCUGCGCGAGAGGAAGUAUUUCCUCGACACGGCUCCUCACCUGUCCACCUGGCUUCCCAUCAUGAUCCCCCUGCAGAAAUGGUGGCAAGCACCUUAUUUUUGGGCAGGCACAAAGAUGUACGAUUGGCUGGCAGGCAGUGAAGGCAUCGAGACCAGCUACUUCUUGACCAAGAGCAAGGCGCUGGACGCGUUCCCCAUGCUCAAGAAGGAGAACUUGGUAGGGGCGCUGGUCUACUAUGACGGCGCUCACAAUGACAGUCGAAUGAACGUGUCGAUCGCCGCUACGGCGGCCUUGUAUGGCGCAACUGUGGUCAAUCACAUGGAGGUCACCGGCUUGACGAAAGACGAGAGUGGAAGACUCAACGGAGCAGUGGUUCGAGAUGUGAUCGCCGACAAGAAUGGCAAGCCCGCGGCACCGAUUACGAUACGCGCCAAAGGUAUCAUUAACGCGACUGGACCUUUCUGCGACUCGAUCCGAAAGAUGGACGAUCAGACCGUGCAGGAAAUAGUCGCUCCUAGCUCUGGCGUGCAUGUGGUACUACCGGGCUAUUACAGCCCCCAGAAGAACUCGAUGGGCUUGAUCGACCCGUCAACAUCAGACGGUAGAGUCAUCUUUUUCCUACCUUGGCAGGGCAAUACCAUUGCUGGGACCACCGAUGCCGCUUGCAAUAUCACUCAGCAUCCCACCGCGGGAGAGGACGAGAUUGGCUGGAUCUUGAACGAGAUCAAAGGCUAUCUGUCCCCAGAUAUCAACGUUCGACGGGGUGACGUGCUCGCUGCUUGGUCUGGUAUUCGACCCUUGGUCAAGGAUCCGAAGGCCAAGAAUACCGAAUCGCUAGUUCGGAAUCACUUGGUGACCGUGUCGCCGUCUGGGCUACUCACUUGUGCCGGGGGCAAAUGGACGACAUAUCGCCAAAUGGCAGAAGACGCGGUUGACGAAGCCCUCAAACAGUUCACCUUGCAGACCAGGCCGGUUACGACCCCCACACGGAUCAGCGGCACCGAGAAGAUCGACGAUGCUGCUCCUCUUGAUGGCAACUGCCAAACACACCAGGUUCGCCUUGUGGGUGCCCACGGCUUCUCCAAGACUCUUUUUAUCAAUUUAAUCCAGCAUUUCGGCAUCGAAACAGAGGUUGCGAAGCAUCUAGCCGAGGCGUAUGGGGACCGUGCUUGGACAGUGGCGGCGCUCUCGAGUCCGACCGAUGAAAGGUUUCCGGUUCGGGGCAAGCGUAUCUCUGCGCUGUAUCCAUACAUCGACGGAGAGGUUCGGUAUGCCGUAAGACACGAAUUCGCCCAGCGAGCCGUCGACGUCAUCGCUCGAAGGACCCGACUGGCGUUCUUGAACGCUCAGGCCGCGCUGGAAGCGUUGCCCAAAGUAAUCGACUUGAUGGCUGAAGAACUAAAGUGGGACAACAAGAGGAAAGAUCUGGAGUGGAGAGAAAGUGUCACCUUCCUCGCUUCGAUGGGGCUGCCGAAAAGCAAGUUAGGUGUCUCACGCAGGGACGUGGAGACCGGAAAAGCCGGAUUCACUGACGAGUAUGAGCGAAAGCUGUAUUCGAGAUAUGAUGGCCCAGCGGACACGCUCGAGAGUGACUCGAAGUUGAUGUCUGGGCACAAUCCCGUCAUCGGAACAGAAUCGCCGGCUAAUAAAUAA